AUGUGGCAUAUUGACGUAUUCAACAGCUUGUCUACACUGGGCGAGUCCAACAAACUUCUCAGUGAACGUUUGGCCAAGCUUGGAGACAGAGCUGACCUGGCAGAACUGAGAGAUAUCUUUCAACAGUUCGAGGUUACUGACACAGUUGGCCUCGCCCUUCUUCACAAACACUUCUCCAUUGAAGAAGGUGAACGUGUUGUGGAAUUCGGCCAUGUUUCAACCCCGUGGCCUGUUCCUCCAGAUGGUAGAAUGGCUGGAGGCUACCUAGUUCCACGAUCCUGGCGCUUCUGGGAUGAUAUGCUGGAGCCAUACGAGUUUGGCUUCAAUCAUCCUGGCCAAGAGGAGUACAAGGACGUCCCCUUGCCCUCUGGGUUUGUGGAAAGACUUCGUGCCUUUUUGGAUGAGACAAAUCUCUUGGAUGUCUUGGGUAUCUGUAUCAUUGGUGAAGAUGAAAUCGUCGGCCGUAUCGAGAAGAAUCGAGGUCGUGUCAACUUCACUGUACCUGCCUCUAGGCCUGAGGACCUAAGCGUUGACCUCACCCCGACUCAUAGUCCGUCAGUCUGGUCGUUUGAUUGCAAGAGUGGUCUGAAUGAUUCCACAAUCAAGCUUGCGCGGGCUUGUUGGGUCUGCCCAAAGCAUGUAUAA